AUGCCUUCAGCAAAACAGAUUAUAUCGAUGCCUUCAGCAAAAACGAUUAUAUCGACAGCGGCCUCCCUCGCAGCAACGGCGAUGGUUGUCCGCAAGUUUGCCAACAGCGUGUUGCCCCGCCACCUCCAAGACCAACUCUUCUCAUCCCUUUACACCUUCCUCAACCGCUUCUCCACCCAACUCACCCUCGUUCUCGAAGAAUUCAACGGGUUCGCCGCUAACGAACUCUAUGCCGCUGCCGAGAUCUACCUAGGUUCCAAGAUCUCCCCGUCGACAACGCGUCUCAAAGUCUUCAAACACGACGGUGACAAGGACUUGUCAAUCUCCAUGGAAAAAGGCGAGGAGAUCAUCGAUGUCUUCCAAGGAAUGAAGCUCCAAUGGCAAUUAGUCUGUCUAGACAACCAAAAGAACACCUUCCGCUCUACCGAUGGCCUCAGUUCCGUUGUUCGAUCUGAGACCCGCUCGUUCCAGCUCACCUUCCACAAGAAACACAAGGACAAGGUCUUCAACUCCUACUUCCCCUUCCUUCUCAGCAGAUCCAAGGCAUUGAAUGAAGAGAAGAAGACACUGAAGCUGCACACGAUCGAGAACGAACGCAUAUCUCGGCACAUGGGGGAAGCAUGGACUUCGGUUAACCUCAAACACCCGGCCACGUUUUCAACGGUGGCGAUGGAUUCGGAGGUGAAGCAGGCGUUGAUGGACGAUCUGGAGAUGUUUGUGAAGAGGAAGGAGUUUUAUAAGAGAGUGGGAAAGGCUUGGAAGCGUGGUUAUCUGUUGUAUGGCCCGCCAGGGACCGGCAAGUCGAGCUUGAUUGCUGCCAUGGCGAAUUUCCUGAAUUUCGACGUCUACGACUUGGAGCUGACUGAUGUGAGGCGGAAUUCCGAUCUCAGACGGUUGCUGAUCGGGACAGCUAAUCAAUCGAUCCUUGUCAUCGAGGACAUAGAUUGCACGGUUGAUUUUAAAGAUCGCGAAGCACCGGUGAUUGUGGAAGCAGGUGGAAGACCAAAAUUUCGGCCGGAGAAUCAGGUGACCCUUUCAGGGCUGCUCAACUUCAUUGACGGCCUGUGGUCGAGCUGCGGCGAUGAGAGGAUCAUCAUCUUCACCACAAAUCACAAGGACAAGCUGGACCCCGCACUACUGCGGCCGGGACGCAUGGACAAGCACAUCCACAUGUCCUACUGCAGCUUCUGCGGAUUCAAGACCCUGGCAAAGAACUACCUCAUGAUCGACGACCAUCCGCUCUUCGGUGAUAUCCAACGGCUGAUAGCGGAGGUGGAAGUCACACCGGCGCAGGUGGCAGAGGAGCUAAUGAUGAGUGACAGUCCAGACGUGGCCCUUCAAGGACUCAUCGAAUUCAUCCAGAGGAAGAAGAUUGAAGAUCUCGAAGCCAAAGCCAAGGAAGAAAGAGAGUCUCAAAACGGGCAGGAAACCAAAGACAAUGGACAAAAUAUGAAAGGAGGCAAGGAUGAGGGACAGAAUGGGAAGGAAACUAAAGGAGGAGAGGCAAAAACAAAAAGGCCAGGGAAUGGAAAACAACAUUCCUCUGACUAGCAAUGGUUUUAAUACAAAUACCCAGCAGUUUUAUGUUCUAUUACCCAAGUUGGCACCGAAAAGAAACCUCGGUAAAACCAUGGAAGGAGGAGUUUUAUUAGUUAAUUAUGAAAAACCGCCGGCCUUUUACUC